AUGGUCGAAGUACGAACCGGCAUUUCCUAUGUUAGCGUGGAGCAAGCACGUCGUAAUUUGGAUUUCGAGAUAUCCGAUGACACCAAGUUUGAGCAUACUGUGGAAGAUGUGAAAGAAGCCUGGCUGGAAAAACUUGGGCGGAUCACCGUCGAGGGCGUGAACCAAACUGACUCUGAUCAUUCUCCUCGGACUAUAUUCUACACGGGCCUUUUUCAUGCGUUGCAGUAUCCGAGUGACUUUUCGGAACCAGUGUCCAAAAACGGGGUUGCGCGUACAUUCUACUCUGGAUAUACAGACCAAGUCCAUACGAGUAACGACUCUUACUUUCAAUCUUGGUCAAUCUGGGAUACGUACAGAGCAGAACAUGCUCUCCUAACCCUCUUAGCGCCAGAAAAGGUGAAUAACAUGAUGCGAACACUGCUCCAGAUAUUCGACUGGUCUGGAUGGCUCCCUAUGUGGGCUAAUAUGGUCGAGACGAACAUAAUGAUUGCAACUAAUGCAGACGUACUCAUUGCCAAUGCGCUGGAGCGGGGCUUCAGAGAUUUUGAUUUGCAAAAGGCUUGGGCUGCGGUCAAGAAAGACGCUUACACUCCACCUGACCAUGACACCGAGACGCUUUACUACGAUCGAGAGCCAAACACAUCAUACGAAGUACGAGCUGGACUCACGGCCUACAAAGAUAUCGGAUGGGUUCCAAAUGACGGCUGGUCCGAGUCAGGAAGCCGGACUUUGGAUUACGCAUUCGACGACUUCGCAUGCUCCAUUGUGGCUUCUCAUGCCGGCGCAGACGCUAAAUCGAUUUCCGCUCUUCGGGAUCGAAGCUACAACUAUCGACACUUGUGGAACAAUGAUACGAAGUUCAUGCAAGCUCGCAAUCGUAAUGGGACGUGGGCAAACAAUACCUGGGGAUGGACUGAGGGAGAUGAUUGGGUUGCCUGGGCUAAUUAUAAUGCUACGAGCAGCGGACUAAGUGGAAACGAUGAUCUCGGCCAAAUGAGUGCAUGGUAUGUGUUCUCCGCUCUUGGCUUUUACCCGGUGAAUCCGGCCAGCGAUGAGUAUAUUGUUGGUUCGCCAUUCUUCGAGAAAAUCGCAAUCCGCUUGCCGGCUGCAGCGACCAAUGGAGGUCGGCCCACUCAUAAGCCAGACAGGACUCUUGUGAUCACAGCUCCUGGAGCCCCUGAAAAGCCCUACAUCAAAAGUCUCAAGGUCGACGGCCGGCGUGUGGACACUCCAAUUCUGAAACAUAGCGCUAUUGUUGGUGCAUCCCACAUUGCAUUUGAAAUGAGCCGCUCUCCUACUGCAUGGGGCACAUCCGUAUGA